GUAAACAACAGCAGAAGCAUGCUGUCAAAGAAUGAAUGGCCAAUAUACCGCGAGUAGCCAGCUGAGCCAGCCGCAGCGUCAGAGACAAACGGCGACUACCUGUGACAAAUUCACCUCUUCUGCCUCUUGUCUCUCCUUAACACAGUCUCUACCCGCCGGCUUCUCCAGCAGGAUGGGUAGUCAUUGCUCGCGUAGAUCGGUGAAGGCGACUCGCCCACCGAUCAAAACAAAACAUGGCCAUUGUUUACUUACGGCGAUGACGCACAUCGCCACUGUUUUGAUACCCAUUUAUACACACAACGCGUUCAAGCCACCAAAACAGCCACUUGCUCGUGUGCAAAUCCCCCAUUUCAUCCCCUCCACUGUGGUUGGUGUCCUUUAUUCAGUUCCGUCCCAAUUCCUAUGGGAUCCGAUUGAGUUUGCGUUUCGAAUGAAGCCGUCGCUUUUCUUAAGCCUCCAUGCGUCAUUUCGCUUCCUCGGGUCACUCUUCCGGUGCCAUGCGGCUGGGGCUUGCUGACUACGCACGUUCCAAGUGCAAUGAUCCUUUACGCUCGAGGGAGAAUGUGAUACAAUCCGGUACUCUGCAGCAGGUACUUUAGUAGGCAAUUGAUGAUAUCAGUUAGACCAUUUGAAUUCUGGUGUCUCCAAUAGCUAGAGCCAGGUACUUCGUACUCCGUAUAGAGUACUAUCGCCAGACUUCCACUGGUGCUGCAAAUGCUUCAGUCUGAGUAUCUCUGAUUUAUUGCUUUUUGUACUACUCAUCGUAUCAAGAUAGUCAGCCUGCGCAGGGCCUCCUUGUAAGCAAAUGUAUGCCAUGCCGGCUUGACUUGCCGGAGCCCGUCGUCAUCUCGCGCAUCUCCCGGGGGACAAAGCAAGGAGGUAGCCUUGGGAGCAAGUGCCAGCAGUACUACUAGGUAUCCAUGUCUGUAGCUGGCCCAU